AAAACCCCUCCAAUCAGAGGCUCCGUGCGGGAAGUUUGAAUUUUGCGGAGCUCUUGGUUGUAGGGGUUCUUGCUUCGGAGGCGGCAGUGGUUCUUCAGACCCAGAGGGUUCCUUGACUUUUAGUUCUGUUGAGGUAUUACUCCAGAAGCUGCCUCAGGAUGUCUUCAUCACAUUUUGCCAGUCGACACAGAAAGGAUUUAAGUAUCGACAUGAUUAGAACCAGAAUUGCUCAUAGGAAAUCACUGUCUCAAAAAGAAAACAGACAUAAGGAAUAUGAACGAAAUAGACACUUUGGUUUGAAAGAUGUCAACAUUCCAACCUUGGAAAAUAGAAUUCUUCUUGAAUUAGAUGAGACAUGUCAGAAGCUUGUUCCAGAAAAGGCCAGUGUCAAGACAAGGUCAAUGAAAACUGUUCUAGGUGAUCAACGAAAGCAAAUGCUCCAAAAAUACAAAGAAGAAAAGCAGCUUCAGAAAUUGAAAGAGCAAAGAGAGAAAGCUAAACGAGGAGUAUUUAAAGUGGGUCUUUAUAGACCUGAUAUGCCUUGUUUUCUGUUAUCAAACCAGACUACUGUGAAAGCUGAGCCAAAAAAGGCUGUUCCAUCUUCUGUACGGAUUACAAGGUCAAAGGCCAAAGACCAAAUGGAGCAGACUAAGAUGAAUAAUGGGAGUGAUGUUCGAGCAGUCCGACCCAGUCAAAGACAAACUGCUGAAAGAAAAGUGUUGGACAAAGAGAAAAAAGUUAUACAGCCUGUAAUGACCACAUCGGUGAGAAUGACUCGAUCAGCCACUCAAGCAACAAAGCAGAUUGCCAGAACAGUCUCCUCUACUACAACAGAAAAGCCCAUCACAAGAGCUACUCAUGAUAAUGAAACAGAAAGAAAAGCACCAAAUCAAGGAAGACCUGCCAAAAAGAUAGAAAGAAAACCUGACAAGGUCGUUUCUUUUAAAGUCGAUAGUGAAGAAAAUACUUUGGAUUCACAAACCAGUGCAACAGAUGGAAUGGAUCCAGAUGGAGUCUCACCAAAAAUGGAGAACUUGCCUAAGACAAAUACUGCAAAAAUGAAAGGGAAGAAUUCCUUCGCACCUCAGGAUUUUAUGUUUCAGCCUCUGGAUGGUCUGAAGACCUAUCAAGUAACACCUAUGACUCCCAGAAGUGCCAAUGCUUUCUUGACACCCAGUUAUACCUGGACACCUCUAAAAACAGAAGCCGAUAAGACUCAAGAAGUGACAAAAGAAAUUUUGGCUCAAAAAUGUAAAACUUACUCUGCAAAGACAGUACAUCGGUAUUCAGAUAAACUACAAUGUCCUUUGGGUUCUCUAACAGUUUGGAAUAAAGAACAUGUCUUAAAUAAAGAUGAGACUACUAAAAAUUCAAACGGCCUUACAAUAAAAGAAGUCCCAUCCCUUGAAAUAAAUGAAGAUCGGAUAUCUCAGCCCCACCAUGAUGUGCCAUAUUUCAGAAAUAUUCUUCAGUCAGAAACUGAGAAAUUAACUUCGCACUGCCUUGAGUGGGACAGGAAGCUUGAAUUGGACAUUCCAGAUGAUGCUAAAGAUCUUAUUCGCACAGCAGUUGGGCAAACAAGACUCCUUAUGAAAGAAAGGUUCAAGCAGUUUGAAGGGCUGGUGGACAAUUGUGAAUAUAAACGAGGUGAAAAGGAGACUACUUGCACAGAUCUGGAUGGAUUUUGGGAUAUGGUCAGUUUUCAGAAGAAAGUUGUCUCAGGGGUAGCAAGUAAACCCAAACAGGAUGAUGGUGGAAGAAUUGCAGCUAGAAAUCGCCUGGCUGCCAUAAAAAAUGCCAUGAGGGAGAGGAUGAAGCAGGAAGAAACUGCCGAGGCAGCGGCGUCUGUAAUGCCAAAGGAAGUUGAUAAAAUAGUGUUUGAUGCUGGAUUCUUCAGAAUCGAAAGUCCUGUUAAAUCCUUCUCAGGACUUUCUAUCUCUUCUGAAUGUCUUUCUCAAAGACUUAGGACACCUAAGUCUGUCAGCAAAGCUGUGUCUGAGAGCAGGGCUGAGAUGGACCAUCUACAACAAACUGUGUCACCACAGAAUCCUCAUCCUCAAAGUACCAAAAGUGACCAUGUUGAUAAGGAGAAUUUGCUUUCGACUAUUCCUAAAAACAGGAACAGCAUAGAAGAUGCUCAGUGUCCUGGAUUACAAGAUUUAAUUGAUGUAAAUUAUGAUGCAAACAAGAUGAACUUUGAGAUGGAUUGUUUACCCAGUGAAAGAAUGAAUUUGCCUCUACUUGCUAGUGAAGUGGCAGAUGAUAAUAAUACUAAUAAAAAGGAAGAAAUUCCAGAUGUAGAAGGCAUGGAACUGCAUUCUUCGUUUACAGCCCAGGAUGUUUUGAUGAGCAGCCCUGAAAAAAAGAUACCAUCACAAAAUGACAUCUUAUGUCAAAAUGAAGAGAAAACUAAAAUUUCUCAGUCAGUAUUUGAUAUUAAAAGUCUCACUACUGAAUUCCAUCUUCUUGAUUCGCCAGGCCUGAACUGCAGUAAUACCUUCACUCAGGUGGAGAGGAGACAUCAAGAUCAUGCCAGACACAUUUCCUUCGGUGGUAACUUGAUUACCUUUUCACCUGUAAGGCCCCUCCGUGAUGAACAACCAGAAGAAUUUUGAAUUUAAAAAUAAAUCCAAAUAUUUUUCUUCAUAUUAUCAAUGUGACAUAUUGUUAGCAUAUGGAAAAUUGAAGAGUAUGUAUUUGUGUUCACUUCUAGUCAGUUUAUAGAGUGUCAUAAAAUGUUUUAAUAUUCAGUGUUCAUCAAAGUGUGUUAGAUAUGAUAGUGUUUCUUGAGGGAAGUGGGGAUGUUUUGUACGUUAACUAUGCAGAAUAAAAAAUGUACUUUACCUCGCCUCUCUUGUUUAAAAUGUAUAAGCUUAAAGUUAAGUGUACUCACUUAGAGCUUAUGAACAUUCUUCAGUUUAAUCAAAAUAUAGUAUUAAACUUUGACAAA